UUUAUUUUUAAAUAUUAAAAACAAAUUUCUUUUGAAAGAAAUUUUCCUUGUUAGCAAGGAUAAGAGUACACAAAAAGUCACAAGGUGGGGCUGGUUGUUGUGACAGUUAAAGUGUUAGUUUGCAUGUGAAUGAGUUUUCCAUGAAUUUCAAUUCCUUGCUCUUUCUCUGCAAUUCCUGCCAUUAGAAUUGGAAGAAGAAUGCAACAUUGUGAUUGAAUGCGAGAGUGAUGGAUUCUGCAAGGAGUUGGUUUAAGAAAUUCCAACCUAGAGUGAAAACUGAACCCUCCAAGAAGGAAACGGAAAGUGUGAAUGAUGCAAAUAAGUCUGUGAAUGAUGAAGUACCUUCAGAUGCAGCACAACAGAGGGCAGCAGCAGCCAAGCAGUAUAUUGAGAACCAUUACAAGUCCCAAAUGAAGUGUUUGCAAGAUAGGAAGGAGAGGCGCUGGAUAGUGGAGAGAAAGCUUGCUGAUGCUGAAGUUUCGAAGGAAGAGCAAAUGGAUAUUCUGAAAUAUUUAGAGCAACAGGAGACAGAAUAUAUGCGCCUUCAAAGACAUAAGAUGGGUGUUGAUGAUUUUGAACUUUUGACCAUUAUAGGAAGGGGUGCAUUUGGGGAGGUGAGACUUUGCAGAGAGAAAGCUACUAGGCAUGUUUAUGCAAUGAAGAAGCUGAAGAAAUCUGAGAUGCUCCGCAGAGGCCAGGUGGAACACGUUAAAGCUGAAAGAAAUCUUCUUGCGGAAGUUGAUAGUACUUACAUUGUCAAGCUCUACUGCUCCUUUCAAGAUGAUGAUUUUUUGUAUCUUAUAAUGGAAUAUCUUCCUGGUGGUGACAUGAUGACGUUACUAAUGCGCAAAGAUACCUUGAGUGAGGAUGAGGCCAGGUUUUAUGUUGGGGAGACGGUCCUUGCCAUCGAGUCUAUUCACAAGCACAACUACAUCCACAGGGAUAUCAAGCCUGAUAAUUUGCUGCUUGACCGUAAUGGCCAUAUUAAGCUUUCGGAUUUUGGGUUGUGUAAGCCCUUGGACUGUAGUAGUUUUCCGAAUCUUAGUGAGAAUGACCAUGGAGUGGGAAGGAAUUUCAAAUCUUCAUUGGAGAGUAGCAGCCAUUCUAAUUUGCAUUCUGCACCAAGGCGGACCCAACAGGAACAGUUAUUGCAUUGGCAAAAAAACAGGCGAAUGUUGGCUUAUUCAACAGUGGGAACACCAGACUACAUUGCCCCAGAAGUACUACUGAAGAAAGGAUAUGGAAUGGAGUGUGACUGGUGGUCUCUUGGAGCAAUCAUGUAUGAGAUGCUUGUGGGUUUUCCACCAUUCUAUUCUGAAGAACCAAUGUCAACAUGCAGAAAGAUCGUAAACUGGAGAACUCAUUUGAAAUUUCCUGAAGAAGCUAAGCUGUCUACUGAGGCCAAAGAUCUUAUUUGCAAGCUUCUCUGCAAUGUUGAGCGAAGGCUUGGGACAAAAGGAGCUUUUGAAAUAAAAGCACACACAUGGUUUAAAGGAUUACAGUGGGAUAGAUUAUAUGAGAUGGAAGCUGCUUUCAUUCCAGAGGUUAACGAUGAGUUAGAUACUCAGAACUUUGAGAAGUUUGAAGAGUCAGCGGCCAUGGAACAAUCUUCAUCAAUGGAACAAUCUUCAUCAAAAUCGGGUCCAUGGAGAAAGAUGCUUCCAUCCAAGGAUGCAAAUUUUGUUGGUUAUACGUACAAGAAUUUUGAGAUCGUGAGCGAGGAUCAUAUACCUGGCAUUGCAGCCCUUACCAUGGUUGUCAAAAUCGCGAUCUGAAUUGUAGGAUCGCAUGAUUUUACAAUCCUACCUCACCAAAAUGUUUAGAAUCGCACAAGGAUCAUAAAAAUUGUAGGAUCGCAUGUAGGAUCGUGUUGGAUCAUAGGAUCGUAUGGGAUCCUACCAAUCCUACCAAAACGUACAAAUCAGUUUUUUUAUUUAUUUUUUAUUUAUUAUUAUUAUUUUUUUAAUUUCAUCUUUAUAAGUUGUAAUUUGUAAUCUCAAGACUAAGACAUUGUACUUCAUAAAUGUAUCAACUAAGUGGUGGGACUCAUAUGGAGAUGACUUUUUUGAAUUGAAAAUUUUUGCUAUUAGAAUAUUGAGCUUAACAUAUAGCUUUUCAGGUUGUGAAAGUAUUUGGAGUACAUUUGGAAUGGUAAGACCAAAUGACUUUGGUAUGUUAUCCCUCAGUUGAGAAUUCUCUAUUAAAAUUGGUACAACUUAAAGUGCACUAAAAAAGGAGAAAAUUGUUUAAACCAAAAAAAAAAAAAAAAAUGAAUGAGUUGGUAUUUGUUAUGUAAAACUUGAAGAUAAAAGAGAAAAUACUUAAACCAUCAAGUGAAAAAGAAGAAAUUGGUUUGAAGAACUUGUCUUCAAAUGAUGAGUGGUUAGCAAAGUGUGUCGACCAAAAAAUGAUGGUACACAUUUUGAUGAAGAUAAUGAAGUAAUAAUUUUAAUGCCUUCCUUUAUAGAUUAAAAAAAAAAAAAUAAAAGGUUACGUGUGUAUAGUGUGAAUGUGUGAUCACUAUUGUAUCAUUUGGUUAUUAAUGUUAGGGAUGAUAAGGGUUCAGGAGUUGCUACGGAAGGAAAAAAGUGUGCUAGUAUUUUGGUACUUGGUUGGUUUCUAAUUAAACAUUCACUAAACUUUUUAAAUACAUUGCAUUAAAACUUAAAUAUAUUUAUUUCAUUAGUAUAAAUGUAGCGAUGUAGGACAUGCAAAUUACAUCAUAUGAUUAAAAUCUUUAUUUUCUUUUAUUGAAGAUUCAUAAUUUACGUGAUUAUUCAAUAUA